CUAAACCAGACUUUCUGCUUCCUCCCUGUGCUGACUGCGAUAACAGACAGCUGAAGUCCUGAUAUGUGGUUCAGGUCGCUGGCGGUGAGUGCCUGCACUCUCGGUGUUCUCGGAGCUGUCUCGCAUAAAUUCGUUCCCACAGGCUUGUUUCACUCCGCUCUUAGGAAGUCAUCUCUGGUGGAACAGACAGACAUGAAGGUAGAACUGCUGCCUGCUCUCACCGACAACUACAUGUACCUCCUCAUCGAUGAAGACACGAAGGAAGCAGCCAUAGUCGAUCCAGUAGAGCCUCAGAAAGUUGUAGAUGCGGUCAAAAAGCAUGGUGUGAAGCUCAAAACCGUCCUGACAACUCACCAUCACUGGACUUGUGUGGGCUCCCUGAAUGUAAAGUGUUUGUUCACGCCAUGUCACACCAGCGGUCACAUCUGCUAUUUUGUUACAAAAGAAAACAGCACCGAACCACCAGCUGUGUUUACAGGCGAUACUCUGUUCGUGGCCGGCUGUGGAAAGUUUUUUGAGGGUACCGCUGAUGAGAUGUAUAAAGCCCUGAUCGAGGUUUUAGGCCGUCUUCCUCCAGAGACGCGUGUGUACUGUGGUCAUGAGUACACCAUCAAUAAUCUGAAGUUUGCUCGGCAUGUUGAACCAAAUAAUGAGGUCAUCCAGAAAAAGUUAGCAUGGGCUAAGGAAAAAUACGAUAACGGAGAGCCAACCAUUCCCUCUACACUGGCUGAUGAGUUCACAUUUAACCCCUUCAUGAGAGUGAGAGAGAAGUCGGUACAAGAGCAUGCUGGGACCAGUGACCCGAUUGAAGCCAUGAGAAACAUCCGUAAAGAGAAGGACCGCUUUAGAGUCCCGAAGAACUGAGCUCUCGGGCUUGUCUUUGCGCUGGUCAUCACCACUACUUUUAUAUCUGCUCAUCACUUCACUAACAAUAGCAGGACAUGAAGCAUAUGUGGAAACUCCAUUUAUAGCAAAAGCACAAUUAUUGAGCUGUUUAUUUUCAUGUUUUUUUCUUUAAGGCAGCGUAUCGUCUUCAUUGAGCAAUAUACAGGAUUGUUAACCUGUAAAACAAUGUUUUCAAACCAUUAAUACAAGCAAUAGAUCAAACAAAAAAAAAUUUAUUUAGAAUGUUUUCAUCGUUGAAAGAAUACAUUUAUGCCAUUGAUUUGCAUUUAUGGAAAAUACAAAUGUACUAGUUCUGUGUUGUAGGCAAAAUUUUAUUUACGUAAGGUUACGUAAGUUUUAUUUUUUGACAUUUUCAGCUUUUGGGAAGAUCCAGGCCAUGAACCAACGUGAUGUGGUUAAAUUAUAGUUUUAUUUCGAAAUGUUUGUCUUAAUGUGCAAUGUUUUAUUUUGUAAAUCAAAAAGAAUCAUUUUUAAGAUGUUAUGAACAAAGCGAGGUGUUCCAGCUAAAUUUUAUUUGGUAUAUUUUUAUGUCCAUCAGAAAAUGACAUUUGAUUAAAUUGCGUUUAUUUUGAUGUCUCUGGAUGAUUUUGAAUGAAGAAAAUAUUGCAUACUGAUUUCAGCUUUUCGCUUUGUUUUAGCUCAUCCAGUUGUUUCAGUUGAACUUGCAUUUUUUGGCAUCAAAAAUAACAGAUAUUAUUC